AUGCUGAAAACGUCGAAAAUUCACCACAAAAGCAGAGCGUUGGAGCCCCUAGUUGAGUGCCUUUGCAGACGACUAGCAGCAGAAGAAAAUGGCGCCAGUCUUUUUUCAGACAAGUCUGAAAACAUAGAAGAGGUGGAGAUGAGCACAGAAAUAGAGCAUCAAGAAAAUGAAGAGGAAGAAUCAGUGCCGAUUCAAGAAGUUGGGAAUGCUCUGCCAAAGCCGGAUGCGUCACUGGACUAUCAAUCGCACUUGCAGGAUCGUGACCGCGUGCGAGAAAUGAUCAACAAAAGCGCAAAGCGUAAGGAAUCUCUUGUAAAGAUGCUUUCCGAAGCAACAAUAAAAGACGACAGCGAUGAGGAGCCAGCGACGCCACUUGUUUCUACUGCAACGCUAGACGGUCGCGAUCUUGCCGACAUCAAAACGCCUGCCAUGACUACACGAGUGAACCGGCUGACGAGUGAACCAGUUGAUGAAUACUAUUAUCCAACACCAACCGGCAAAGAAGUGAACUCUCUUGAUUUCAACGGAAAGAAUGAAGCGAAAAACGAUCUGCUUAACCUUGAACAAAGCAUGGCAAGCGAAAGCCCGAGCGUCCUCAAAUCCCUACAAGUCAAUACGGUCGACGAUAGCCCUUAUGCGCAUCUUUUCAACAGUCGCGAAGAAGUUAUUCCACCUGCUGAUAUUGAAAUUAAACCGAUCGGCGAUAACUUCGAGUCACCUCAGUCAUCGAUGGAUAGUGAAGAAAGUCCAAAUAUUUUCAAUUGGGAAGAUGUUGCGAUGGAGAAAGUUGCAUCAUUUCAAGAUCGACAACCGCUCCGUUGCUGUAUUUUUAGAUAA